CAGGAAGUUUGUACCUCUGAUUGAACUUUGUUUUCUUCUUUAUACACUUAUUUCUUUUAUUUUACUGACUGUUUCACUCACAGGGUAAAGGUGCAUGUUUUUUUUCUUUAAUUUAGGACUUCAUCCUCCAUCCUGACUCUCUGAUCAGAGACUUGAGUUCAUCUUUAUCACUUCUUUUUAUGGUUCUUUCCUCGUGUCUCUCAUUAUUUUAUUCAUUGGCAGCAUCUUCCCAAGUAAAAAAGAAAUAAAAAAUUAACAAAAAGAGAAAUCAAAUGUGCAACAUAAAUGUGAUUUAAUCUCGGGUCGAACUCUGAUCUUUUGGUGUGUAAAUCAGUUCACCAGAGAGCCUUGUCUGGGCUGAUACUGUCCAAUGCAACAUUUAAAAUUUCACCUCUCCAAUUAUACCGCCAGAAAAAACAACUAAAAAAACAGAAUCAACAAAAAUACGAGAAAAGCCAAACUAAAGCAAAGGUACAUACAUACCUGGGCAUUAUCCUAAAUAAAUAAAUCUGUUUCAAUACAAAUGUAAAAAAAUUAAAAUUAAAAUAUAUAUAUUGUUUUUAAAACUGUAUGCAAAGUUAAAGUUGAUCAUCCAACAAACCUCAGCACCACAGCAAAGAUGUUCUGCUUACAUCCACAUUCCUGUGAGAUGACCUACAGCAGGAUGAGCUGCUGCCAGGACCACUGCAUCAGAACACCAACACAACGUUUUAUGAAGAAACCUAAAACAGUCUGUACAGUCUACAACAGACUAAUUCUAUAACAGUCAAUACAGUCUAAAACAGUGUGAGUCCAUAACAGUCUAUAACAGUCUAAUUCUAUAAUAGUCUAUAACAGUCUAUAACUGUCUUGAUCUAUAACAGUCUGAGUCUAUAACAGUCUAAAACAGUCUAUAACAGUCUUCGUCUAUAAUAGUCUUUAACAGCCUGUAACAGUCUAUCACAGUCUGAGUCUAUAACAGUCUAUAACAGUCUUGGUCUAUGACAGCCCAAGUCUAUAACAGUCUAUAACAGUGUAAAACAUUUUAUAACAGUUUACAACAGUCUGAGUCUAUAACAUUCUUUAACAGUCUUGGUCUAUAACAGUCUAUAACAGUCUAUAAUAGUCUUGGUCUAUAACAGUCUGAGUCUAUAACAGUCUAUAUUAGUCUAUAACAGUCUGAGUCCAUAACAGUCUAUAACAGUCUUUGUCUAUGACAGUCUAUAACAGUCUAUAACAGUCCAUAACAGUUUAUAACAGUCUACAACAGUCUGAGUCUCUAACAGUCUCUAACAGUUUAUAACAGUCUUUAACAGUUUAUAACAGUCUACAACAGUCUAUAACAGUUUUGGUCUAUAACUGUCUAUAACAGUCUGAGUCUUUAACAGUCUAUAUAACAGUUUUUAACAGUCUACAACAGUCUCUUACAGUCUUGGUCUAUAACAGUCUAUAAUACUUUAUAACAGUCUACAACAGUCUUAGUCUAUAACAGUCCCUAAGAGUCUGAGUCUAUAACAGUCUAUAACAGUCUGCUCCUUUACCAUAUGUUUCUGAAUGAAGGUGUGACUGUCUAUAACAGUCUUUAACAGUCUCUAAUAGUCUGUUCUUUUACUAUAUGUUUCUGAAUGAAGGCGUGACUGUCAGGGUCAGUCUGAUGUUUGGCGUUGUACUUAGAGUCACCUGGUUGAUGAGUGUUAACCUUCUCUUGUAGCAGCAGAGCUAACAUAACCUUUGAAAAGGGGGAGGUUGGGACUCACCUGCAGGAUUACAGGUGUGUUUGUUCUUGAAUCAGCAAACAGAAUCCUCAAGUGACAGCUGUGUCCUCCUCAGCUCCUUAUAAACCUGCUCCACUCAUCACUCUACUCACCUUACACACCUGGACGCCUCCACACACAGGUGAGAAGAACCAAUCGCUUCAUUGAGCGACACAGGUAGGUGAGUUGCUCUAAACUCUUCUGUAUCACUGCAGCAGUCAGUCUGAUUUAUUUUUAUCACAGGUCUACUCAUCAUGUCUGACCACUGCAGGACUCUGGAGGACGUGAGGACUUUACUUCAGUCCUGCAAAGACCUCGAUCCUCAGGAGAGGAUGAAGUUUUACGACAGCUGGGCACAGACGUACGAAAAGGUGAGUGGACAUGAUGGGUCUGGGUCUCAGGUUGAGUCUCUGUCAGUCCAGAAAAAGUUAAAAAUAACUUCAUUUAGACCUCCAGUUCAAUCAGCUGUAAACCACCAGGGGGCAGUGUGUUCAUGAGGAUGAGCAGGUUUUGGGAGUGCCUCAGAGUUCCUGCUGUGUCCAGCAGCGCAGAAGUAACUGAUGUAAAAAUAAAUCUAUCAUCUUCAUAUGAUCGUACCUUCUCUUCGGUCCCGUGCAUAAUAGGACUCUGAGAUGAUCCACUACAGAGCCCCAAACCUGGUGGUCGAUUACCUGGAUGCUAACUAUCCUGGGAGUCCUGGGGGUGUUCAGGUUCUAGACGUCGCCUGUGGAUCUGGACUGGUCGCCAAACUGGUGAGACAUACACAGUUUGUUUUUGAAGAAGAAAACAAAGCUGCUUCAGACUCAGACCAUCCUUCCUGCCUCCCUCAGCUGAUCAAUAAUGUUGGUUGUCCUCUUUUUGGGUCCAGAUGUCCAAGCUGGGCUUCAGACACUUUGUAGGGGUGGAUGGCAGUAAAGGCAUGCUGGAGCUGGCAGCUAAAACUGGUCUGUAUCAGGACCUGAGACUGGCCUUACUGGGAACUCAGCCUCUCCCUGCUGACAGUGGUACAUCCCUGCUUUAUUCCUCUGUAAUAACUCUGAGCACAGCUGACCCCCUCUGGGUUCAGACCGGCCUUAAAUGAGAAUAUCUGAGGAGUGAUCUAAAGUUCACUCUCUGUUCAGACCUUUAACAGUGGACCUGUUGAGCUAACUCCUCCUCCUCUGCUGGUUUCAGGUGUGUUUGGUCUGGUGGUCAUCAUCGGUGCAUUGCGUGCUGGUUUUGUUCCGGUCAGCGUCCUCAGGGAGCUCUGCCAGGCUGCCAAACCGGGUAACCAGAACCAAUCAAACCUUCAUUUGGGUCCAAUUAAGAAACUACACAUCUAAGAAUUAUUGAAUCAAUAAUAAUUCAAGGAUUGGUUGAACUGAAAACAGAAGAGUAACUUUAGAGGGUUUUUUUUUUUUUUUUUAAUGAAGUCUCUUUCAGGAAAUGGUUCUGAGGUCAAUUCCUGUAAAGAAUUUUUACUCGACAUUUGGAGUGGUUCGGCCUUUGGAACCUUUGAGAGAGGCAGGUUACUGUCACUCCACAGCAGACAUAGAACAGCAUUAUCAAUCAAUCAAUCAAUCAAUCAAUCAAUCAAUCAAUCAAUCAAUCAAUCAAUCAAUCAAUCAAUCAGUCAGUCAGUCUUUAUUUAUAUCACACUUUUCAUACAAAACCGACAAAGUGCUUUACACAGCAGAGGAAUAAAACAAAAACAAAUAAUACCCUGAUCUACCCCAACCCAACCCCCCAUCCCCACGAUAUAAACACAACAGAAACAGGAUUAAAAUGGAUGAACUUAAAAAGGGCUUUAAAGAGGUUUAAAAUCUAAAAACAAAGUAACAUAAAAUGAAAUUUAAGAAAUAAUAAAUAAAAUAAAAUAAAAACACUGUAAAAGGUACUAAAAUAAGAGCACCAAAAUAGCUCAAUAAAAGAUGAUCCUGUUAUUAAAACUAGAAAGAGAUAAAUACUAAAAGACAUUUUUUCUAAAAUAGUUUUCAUUUCCUCCAGGUGGCUACAUUUGCAUGUCGAGGGUGGAGCCAAAGUCCGAGUCUGCAGCCAAUUACAGACUGAGCAUGGAGCGAGAGCUGCAGCUGAUGGAGGAGGAGGGUCUGUGGACUCAGAUCAGUACAGGAGACAUGGACCGAUACAUGAUGAACGUUUAUAACACGUAUGAAGAGACCACCGAACAGUACCUGAGAGGAACCGUUUAUCUCUACAAGAGGUCAGUGAACUAGUCACCUGCUCCACCAUGAACACCUGAGCGAAGGACUGGACCGACUUAUCACGCCGCUUAUCUCUGCUUAUCAGUCUGAACCCACCUGGACUGAGAAGGUCAACCAAAGAACUCAUGGGAGGUCCAUAAGACCACAGGAACAGGGCAGAGUCAGCAACAUCUGACCAAUCACAGACAAGGAGGCCUGAUGUCAGCAGAUCUUCAUAAUUUACACAAUCAGAGCAAACGUUCAUGACCUGAGAGAAGGACCUGAGAGUCCAUUAUGACUGUAGAGGAAGGACCUGAGAGUCCAUCAUGACAGUAGAAGGACCUGAGAGUCCAUCAUGACCGUGGAGAAGGACCUGAGAGUCCAUCAUGACUGAAGAGAAGGACCUGAGAGUCCAACAUGACUAACCCUGUCCCGUGUGAACCCUUGGUUUUUGUCCCCAUAAGUCUAAUGUGGUUCUGAUGGUAUCAAACGGACCAAACGGUUCUGGAUCAUAAUGUGGAUGUGGAUGUGCAGAAGAAUUCUUGGGUCGGUCUUGGCAAAUCCCUGAAUCCUGGUCUCUGUGAACAUCACUGCAGGUUCAUUAAUACAGAGGUGACCUUUGACCCAGCACUGUUAAAGGUGGA